AUGGUAGAACAACCACCGUUAGAUAAUAUUGACAACAAUGUAGAACAAUCACCUAGAGAUGAUAUUGACAAUGGUGAAAACGUGAUAGAACAACCACAUAUAAAUAAUACUAACAACACAAAUAGUCAUAAUUUUGAUCAAGAACUAAAAGAUAAUAUUUUAAAAAUAGGAGUAGACAAGAAUGUUGAGCAUAAUAACACUUCUAGUGAAGCACCUACAAAUAUUUAUGACCCAGGACUAUGGAAAAAUAUUGAUGGAAAAUUUAAAGAUUUAAUGAUAGAAAAGGGUCCUAUCAGACAUGACAAUUUUCAAUAUCCAAAAGAUGAAAAUAAUAGAUAUUUUUAUUCAUCAUGUUAUCAACGAACAUUGUCAAAUGGAGAAAAACAUGAUAGAAAAUGGCUACUUUAUUCUAAAUAUUUAGACAAAAUUCAACCAGCAAAUGAAGGGACUAAAGAUUGGAAGAGUCUUGGAUCCAAGGUUAAGAGUCAUGAAACAAAUCGUGAACAUAUAAUUAAUAUGACCAAGUGGAUUGAACUAGAAAAGAGAUUGAGAACAAAACAAACAAUUGAUAAGCAUUUACAAGAACAAAUUAACAAAUAA